GCGGGCGGGGCCGUGUCCCCUACAAAAGGCGCGGCGGCGGGCGCUGCGCGGCGGCUGCUCGGGCUGGCGGCCAUGGCGUCGUGCACCGUGAAGGCCUACCUUCUGGGCAAGGAGGACGCGGCGCGCGAGAUCCGCCGCUUCAGCUUCUGCUUCAGCCCCGAGCCCGAGGCGGAAGCCGAGGCCGCAGCUGGGCCCGGGCCCUGCGAGCGGCUGCUGAGUCGGGUGGCUGCCCUGUUCCCCGCGCUGCGGCCCGGCGGCUUUCAGGCGCACUACCGCGAUGAGGAUGGGGACUUGGUUGCCUUUUCCAGUGAUGAGGAACUGACAAUGGCCAUGUCCUACGUGAAGGAUGACAUUUUCCGAAUCUACAUUAAAGAGAAGAAGGAGUGCCGGCGGGACCACCGCCCCCUAUAUGCUCAGGAGGCACCCCGCAACAUGGUGCACCCCAAUGUAAUCUGCGACGGUUGCAAUGGGCCUGUGGUGGGAACCCGCUACAAGUGCAGCAUCUGCCCGGACUAUGACCUGUGCGCUGUCUGCGAGGGGAAGGGCCUGCACGGAGGCCACACCAAGAUCGCGCUCCCCAGCCCCUCUGGGCACCUCUCCGAGGGCUUCUCUCACAGCCGCUGGCUCCGCAAGCUGAAACACGGGCACUUUGGGUGGCCAGGCUGGGAGAUGGGCCCACCAGGGAACUGGAGCCCACGUCCUCCCCGAGCAGGGGAUGCCCACCCCAGCCCGCCCGCGGAAUCAGCUUCUGGUCCAUCUGAGGAUCCCAGCGUGAGUUUCCUGAAGAAUGUAGGAGAGAGCGUGGCAGCUGCCCUCGGCCCCCUGGGCAUUGAAGUUGAUAUUGAUGUGGAACAUGGAGGGAAAAGAAGCCGCCUGAUGCCCAUCUCUCCAGAGACUUCCAGCACAGAAGAGAAGAGUGGCUCUCAGCCAAGCAGCUGCUCUUCUGACCCCACCAAGCCAGAAGGGAACGUCGAGAAUACCGAGCAGUCUCUGGCAGAGCAAAUGAAAAAGAUCGAACUGGAGUCUGUGGGGCAGCCCGAGGAACAGAUGGAAUCUGACAACUGUUCUGGAGGAGAUGAUGACUGGACCCAUUUAUCUUCAAAAGAAGUGGACCCAUCGACAGGUGAACUCCAGUCUCUACAGAUGCCAGACUCUGAAGGGCCAAGCUCUUUGGACCCUUCUCAGGAAGGACCCACAGGGCUGAAGGAAGCUGCCCUGUACCCACAUCUUCCACCAGAGGCUGACCCGAGGCUGAUCGAGUCCCUGUCUCAGAUGUUGUCCAUGGGGUUCUCUGAUGAAGGCGGCUGGCUCACCAGGCUCCUCCAGACCAAGAAUUAUGACAUUGGAGCUGCUCUGGACACCAUCCAGUAUUCAAAGCACCCGCCACCAUUGUGACCACUUCUGUUCACCAGUGUUCUCCUUUUUGGUCUCAUAGUUGUGUUGAGCUAGUGUAUGAUGCAGGCCUCUGCAUGGGCCAGUUUCUCUGCCUUCUUAUUCCAGAAUCGGGGGGUAGGGUGCAUGAAGCCAUUCAGGCAGCAGAACAAGUGACGUGGGGGGAAAGUCUGAGUGUGCCCAUCGAUGUCUAAGAAGCUAGCCUGGCCUCCCUCAGUGCCCUGGCUCCUUGCAGCUUCCCAGGGCAGAGCAGGCCCUGGCCCCAGCCUCUAUCCUGCCAGAGGCAUACCAGCAGCCUGAUGGCCUUCUGAUUUUUUUUUUUUAAGUUAACUAGUAGUACUGAGUUGAUUUUCUGCUUAGAAACCUGAUAUAUUCUGAUUUUGAAGGAGAGCUGGGAGGAUGGGGUAGCCGGUGGCUGCAGGGUCCCUACUGGGGAACCAGGAAGGGAAGACCACAUGCGAUGCUGCCUGCCACGUGCUGACCCUCUUCUCCUAACCACAAUGGUUCAGUUCUCUCAUUUCCAAAUGUGUCAGCUGCUUUUAAAGUGAGAAGAGUCCUUUGAAGUGAGAAGAGUCCUUUGUAGCCAUCCUAUUUCCAUAUUUCUAAACAAUCUGUAAUUAAAUGGUAUCAGCACUUUAAUCAA